AUCAGAAGCGAAUGGAGUGUGGAAAAGAUAACGCAGAAGAGUAAGCAAUUCAAGGGCCAAAAGAAGAAGAAAAUUAUUCCUCCCAACCGCCAUGGAAUACCCCAUGUAACCCCUCAAAAGGCAGGGAAGAGAUUCGUGAAGCCUUCGAAGGUCACAAACGACAUGGAUACAGAUCCUCAAUUGACCAAGUUCAUAAACAACUGCAAUGGGGUGAAGGCAGCCGCUGCUGCAAACAAGGAAGGUGGUCAACUAAGCAUUGUCAAACCUCCUCCAGAGUCUGAUAAUGGUGCAAAGAAAUUAUUAGAUAACAAGCUUCUGAAGAUAUGAAUAUGGAAAAAAAGUUGAAAAUAUAUUUUCUGAGUGGUCUUUUUAUCUGUUAGAAGCUCAUCGUGGAAAUUGACGAUAAAGAUUGAGAGUGCAUAUAGCUUGGCAUGGGGGUGCCUACUUCUUGUACAUUUUCACUUGAUGCAGACCUAUAAGAGAGGUUGAGGUGGAUCUGAGUCAUCUAAUCAGAUGAUCUAGGCCCACCUGCCUCUGGUCACGUUUUCCUUACAUCGUGAAUAGAGAUUCUGGCACAUGACAACUGACAAACAAUGGCAACUCAAGCUCUGAUUUCCAACUCCUGAUGAGUCAUUAACUUUUCCCACGGCAAACUGAGAUAAUGUUAGGAGAUUAGUCAAUUUGCGUAAUAAUUUGUAUGUGCACUAUGGACUGCUAGAUUAGAGCAUGAGCUAUAGAAAAUGGUGUGUAUAUGACUAGAAGAUUAUUAGAUAUCAGAUAAUAGAUUAUGUAUAAAAAGUUACACAUGUUGCUUUGAUAAAGCAGAGCCGUGUGUGAAUUCA